AUGUCGACCAUUCCCCAAGGCCGUCGGUCGCAUCGGAAGUCGCGAACAGGGUGCUUGCAAUGCAAGAGGCGAAAGGUCAAGUGUGAUGAGACCCAGCCACAUUGUCGCAACUGCAACAGACAUGGGGUGGUUUGCUCCUUUGCCAGACCCUUAACCGUGCCAUCUACAUCUCAAGUGGACCUGGCAGAAUCGCCCAGGUCAAUAUCUGGCCCAGAAAGUGCAGAACCGGUAAUGGCUUCCAACACAGCUCAAAAUUCCUCAAGUCUACCAAGUCGGCCAAGUCUACCAAGUCUACCAAUGGUGAAUCCCUUCUCUUCAACCCUUGCUGUUUUCGACUUGGAGCUUUUACACCACUACACAACCUCAACCUGCUACACAUUAUCUCGAAGCCCAGCAGUUCAAACCAUCUGGCGCGAUGUGGCACCGCGCAUUGGAUUUGAAAUGCCCCCAGUACUACACACUAUUCUCGCCGUUUCCGCGCUACAUCUAGGUCACUCGGAUGAAUCCAGACGCGAACGCUGCCUAGCUCACGCGCAGAUGCACCACAGCAUCGCCGUGAAAGAAAUGGUUCCACUAGUCUCAUCCCUCGCCCAAGAGAAUGGCGAGGCACUGUUCCUGUUCACCUCCCUGACGUGCAUGUUCUCAUGCGCCAAACCAACCAAAGCAGGCGAUUUCUUAGUCCUAUUUGAACAGGGCACACUCUCUGAAUGGGCUCGCCUUUUCCGGGGAACAACAACAGUCAUACAGAGUGGUGGUGAAAGUCUACGCAACGGAAGGCUAGCACCUAUCUUCCUGAAUGGAUCCUAUCUGGCAGCUGCUCAUCGCGCACCACAGGCACUUGAGCAUGGCAGACCACAUAUCUGGGAGUUACAAGAGAUGAUGCAAAGGGAAUGUCCUCUUCAUUUACCAGCUCGGAAAAUCUAUCAAAACACAUUAGAUGAGCUUGCGCGGACUUUGGGUGUUGCCUUGAAAGCUGAUGCUUCUUGGAGGCUUGAGACUGCCGAUGUGUUCCGGUGGCUUCUAGAUGUGUCAGAUGAUUAUCUGGAUCUCCUAAGACAGGAAGCACCGAUUGCUCUGAUUAUAUUUGGAUAUUGGUGUGCAUGUGUUCGACAGAUUGAGUGGAUGUGGUGGAUGGAAGGUCUCAGCCAGCGCUUUAUGACCCAGCUGUUGUCUGUACUAGACCCCAAAUAUCGAGAAUGGCUUUGGUGGCCCCAGGAGAUUAUCAAUACGACUCAUGUUACAUCGCCUUGA